UACUCCAAUAUCGGAAUGAAAUCUGCAGUACUGGCAGCACUGCCAGUUUUUAUCGGAACACGCCGUCUGUCUGCUAAUUACUGCUAAUCGUUCCGGCUACAGUUGCAUGGAUAUUAAGCAUCACUAACCAUAUACAGAAGAAGAAGAAGAAAAAGAUAUUAAACACGAUAAACAAACCAUGGCUUUAACGAGGUUGGGUGUAUCUACAUUACGAGCUGUAAAAGAAAGUGGUUCAAUAUACAGGUAUGCAACUCAAUGUGUAGCCUCUCAAAAAUUUGGUACUAUGAAGAAUGAAAAUCAGGAAGAUGAUGAUGAAAACAAGCCUAUUAAAUUUUCUACCUCACCAGCUGCAUCAUGGAAAGCACAAGACACCUUUUUUAUAAAUAAUGACGAGAGACCAUGGUAUCAACCUUAUGUGAUCUCUGCGUCUUUGUCAGUUUUCAUGAUAUAUUUUUUAGUACUGCGGGAAGAGAAUGAUAUUGAUAGAUUAUUUGACAGAGAUUUGUACGAUCACAUUGAAGGUUUAGAGGAACAGCACAUUCGUGAGGCACAACAGUACGCGAUACAAUUAGAAGCAAAACAGGCGAGUUGAGACAAAUUUAGUUUUUGCUUAGUGCUUGAGUCAGUGUUAUUAUUUAGUUCAAAAUUUCAUUUUUGUAUAUGAACAUGUUUGAUAUACAAAGCUGUAUCAUUUAAUUAUAUUUAAGAAUAAAGCAAUAUUCAAUGUAAAAUA